AUGGAAACUGAACCUGGUGGGGUCUGGAGAGGCUCAGGCUGCCCAGUGGGCUCAGGCCCAGAGCCCAGAGCAACCAGCACAAUAGCGUCCAACAGCUGGAAUGCCAGCAGCAGCCCCGGGGAGGCCCGGGAGGAUGGGCCCGAGGGCCUGGACAAGGGGCUGGACAACGACGCGGAGGGCGUGUGGAGCCCGGACAUCGAGCAGAGCUUCCAGGAGGCCCUGGCCAUCUACCCCCCCUGCGGCCGCCGCAAGAUCAUCCUGUCGGACGAGGGCAAGAUGUAUGGUCGAAAUGAGUUGAUCGCACGCUAUAUUAAAUUGAGGACGGGGAAGACUAGGACGAGAAAACAGGUGUCCAGCCACAUACAGGUUCUAGCUCGGAAGAAGGUGCGGGAGUACCAGGUUGGCAUCAAGGUCUCUAGCCACUUGCAGGUUCUAGCCAGGCGGAAGUCUCGGGAGAUUCAGUCCAAGCUGAAGGCCAUGAACCUGGAUCAGGUCUCCAAGGACAAAGCCCUCCAGAGCAUGGCGUCCAUGUCCUCCGCCCAGAUCGUCUCUGCCAGCGUCCUACAGAACAAGUUCAGCCCACCCUCCCCUCUGCCCCAGGCCGUCUUCUCUACUUCCUCACGGUUUUGGAGCAGCCCCCCUCUCCUGGGACAGCAGCCUGGACCCUCUCAGGACAUCAAGCCCUUUGCACAGCCAACCUACCCUGUCCAGCCGCCCCUGCCGCCGACGCUCAGCAGUUACGAGCCCCUGGCCCCGCUCCCCUCCGCUGCUGCCUCUGUGCCCGUGUGGCAGGACCGCACCAUCGCCUCCUCCCGGCUGCGGCUUCUCGAAUACUCCGCCUUCAUGGAGGUGCAGCGAGAUCCUGACACGUACAGCAAACACCUGUUUGUGCACAUCGGCCAGACGAACCCCGCCUUCUCAGACCCGCCCCUGGAGGCAGUAGAUGUGCGUCAGAUAUACGACAAGUUCCCCGAGAAGAAGGGUGGCCUGAAGGAGCUCUAUGAGAAGGGGCCCCCCAACGCCUUCUUCCUCGUCAAGUUCUGGGCCGACCUCAACAGCACCAUCCAGGAGGGCCCAGGCGCCUUCUAUGGGGUCAGCUCCCAGUACAGCUCGGCCGAUAGCAUGACCAUCAGUGUCUCCACCAAGGUGUGCUCCUUUGGCAAGCAGGUAGUGGAGAAGGUGGAGACCGAGUAUGCCAGGCUGGAGAACGGGCGCUUUGUAUACCGCAUCCACCGCUCGCCCAUGUGCGAGUACAUGAUCAACUUUAUCCACAAGCUCAAGCACCUGCCAGAGAAAUACAUGAUGAACAGCGUCCUGGAGAACUUCACCGUCCUGCAGGUGGUCACCAGCCGGGACUCCCAGGAGACCCUGCUCGUCAUUGCUUUCGUCUUUGAAGUCUCCACCAGCGAGCACGGAGCCCAGCACCACGUCUAUAAACUCGUCAAAGACUAG